CACUAAUUCUGCUAAAGACUUGUUUGGUGGGAGGGACCUUUUUGGUAAAAUCAGCGAUUUCUGUAAUGAGUUAAAGAAGAUUACCAGAGUUAGGGACAAAGAGGAUGAGAGCCCUGAGAAAGAGGAGGAUCAAUUGUCACUGCACCAAGGACAAGGGCAUCUCAAACUCAAUCCCAACCACUCUUACAAACCAUUAGGCUCGGUCCCCGUUGCCGCCCUCGCUCCCGGCCUCAAAGACAAGGAGAACAGGAUGAUUGACAGUGAUAAUAAGGAAAGGAAGCCUUUGCUUCAGGUUAAAUCUGAAGGUGCACUCAAAACCAAUGCCAAACCCAAGCUCAGGAGAAACAUGAGAGAUGAUGAAGCAGAGAAUAUCCCUAUUUCUCUGAAUUUGAACAAUGUUAAGCGUGAGGCUAAGGUAUCGCCCAUACGAACGAAUCCUCCUACACCUCAGGGGUUCUCAGCCACUCGUGAUCCUAUCAAGGCCACACCUUCAAAGGGAACAAAGUCUAAGCUCAUGGAAAGAGAGAUUUUACAAGAAUUGGGACAGAAGAAGACGCUGAGGGAUGAGCUUGACGAGAACAUUGAGAAGAGUGAAAAUGAGAAUGCAUCUCUUGUUGCUGCAAAAGAAGAAGAACAUUGGAUGUUUUCUGGUUCUUAA